AUGCCGCCUAAACUUUCCAGGAGUGCCAAACAAGCCCUGAUCGUCUCACAUCUGCGGGCCACAGGGACGUGCCACACCCUGAAGGAUCUGGAGAAGAUGAUCCCGUCGGUGGCCUCGAUUAAUGGGAUGCAAGUGAAGGAGUACAUUCAGGAAUUGACGGAUGAGGGACGGAUCCGGGUUGAGAAGAUCGGUAGUGGGAAUUGGUAUUGGUGUUUUGGGGGAGAGGAGAAGAAAGAGCGCGAGGAGCGGAUCCGGAGGUUACGGAGGGAGGUGGAUCGGGUCCGAGGGAGUUGGGAAGAUGCGGAGGCUAGAUUGUCUGCGCGAAAGCAGGCGAGAGUGCAGGAAGAGGCCGAAGAGGCGCAUGGGGAUGGGGAUGGGGAUGGGAAUGGGAAUGGGAAUGGUGAGGAAGAGCGCCGGAGAUUGAUGGAGCAGAAGGCUGUGCUCGAGCGGGAGACACAUCAACUGCAGGGGGAGUGGAUGGCGUUGGCGACGAGUCCGGAGGGGAAAAGCUUACCGCAGAUUAAAGAGGAGACGGAGGAGUAUCGGCGACUGGCACAUCAGUGGACGGAUAACAUCUACAUCUUGGAAGGGUAUGUGGAUAAGGUGACCGGAGGGGAUCGGGAAGUAUUGCGGAUGGUGCAGCGGGAAUGUUAUGGGGAAGAAUACGUGGAGGGGGAAGGAUUGCGUGAGCUAGAGAUGGAGAUGAAGUAG